CUCGCCCCAGAUUAAGUCCCACGGUUGCCCAAGAGUGUUUUGAGCCUUUCAGGAUUAGGGACGGAGUAGACAUGGCCGACUCUCUAAGGAGGCUGGUGAACACAUCUUCCUUCAGCGUUCUGCAGGACAAACUUGAGUCCUGGUACAAGGACUACCAUGUAAGUCAUCAAUAAUUUAUUUCUGCCCUAAAUCUGUUGGCCGAAAAGUAGCCUAAACCAACUAUAUAGGUAGGAUACACAUGAGUUUUGCAAUCAUUCGUUCCAUGUAACAGUUUAGGCUAUUGUCUAAAUUAGUCUAGGCUAUAUGAAAUGUGAUAUUGGUGUGGAAAUCAAUAGCCUAUUUAAUGAAUCACUGGUUGUUUCAGCAAAUGUGUUCUUCCCUUGAGAACUUGAUUCCUCUAUAGAAUUUCUGUCCACCCAUCUAAAAUAACUUGAUUAGCUUACUUGAUUAUGCCACACUUGACCAGAUAGUAAAAUAUAUUUGGAAUCAUUAUUUGGUAUGUUUUUUACAAUGUAUAACAUUCACAAUGGAUUGGAACGUUUUUGAAACAAUGUAGUGGGUAAAGGAAUUCACUUGUUUUUAUUAAAUAGAUUUUCUGGCGAAGUUUGGUUGCUAUAGACGCUCGUCGUCAUGGCGACCGUGAAACCAUUCCUGACUGAAAGCUAGUGGCUCGAGCACGCCCCCGCGAGCAUUUUGGUGGGAACCUGAAAUGCAUGUCCUGAUUGAACCCAUGCAUUAUCAGACAUAGAUACUCCAGAGACCAACCAGCGCAUUUGGCUGGAAGUCACAUAUAAUUUAUUUUAUAUGCACAUACAGUAUAUCCCUCAAUUCAAUAUGAUCAAUAAAUAUAUUCACUAAUCAAUCAGCCAUGUGAAUGUGUGUUUUUUAAAAGUCCUAAAUUGACCCCAAAAUUGAGAUGACAUACAUUAUAUCUUUAAAUUGUAUGUCCCUUUUGUGAUGGUUCAUAAUUCUCAGACAGUGUCUGUCACCUUCUUAUUAGGUAAUCUCCUGUUAUCAGAAUCUGAACAGGUGCUGUGAGUUGGUGGAGCUCACCUCCAAGAUACAGGGACAACUCUUCACCAUCCUCAACCUCACUGCUAGAGAGGGUAUGUGUCCAAGCUUCUCACAACACUCCUCUCUUUUGCCUUACCCAAACAAUUGUCUGAUAAUGUCUCCUUUUCUUUUGAGUCAGGUGGUCACUAUGCAGGAGUGGAUGUGCUCAAAUCACGCCUGCUGCCUUGGUUGGGGACCUGUUUCUCCAUGGCAACCUCCUCUGUCACCAACGACACCAGCCUCAACCUCAUCCAGGUGAAAUAAUCGGUGUUUUGUUAAUUAUGGUUCUAGCUACGUUCAUUAAGUUAUUCUAUUCUAUUCUAUGCUGUCCUGUUACAUAGUGUAAAUAAGACAGUGAUAAUCAAGGUUAAAUGCGGAGUGUUGUCAUGCAGGUAGCUUAGUGGUUAAGAGCGUUGUGCCAGUAACCGAAAGGUCACUGGUUCUAAUCCCCGAGCUGACUAGGUGAAAAAUCUGUCGAUGUGCCCUUGAGCAAGGCACUUAACCCUAAUUGCUCCUGUAAGUCACUCUGGAUAAGAGCGUCUGCUAAAUGACUAAAAUGUAAAAUGCAGGAAUCUGUGGAGAAGGAGAGGAAGAUCAGGGAGCUGUCUGCCUCCCAUGAGAACGACAUGCAGAAGAUGGAGACUCAGCUGUGCUCCACUCGCCUGCAGCUGGACUCUGUCAAACAGGAGUAAGUAUGCACUAAACAUACAAUACAUUAUUAAUCUAUACAAUAGACCUACCCAUUUCUAUCCAACCAAAUCAGUCUGCACCAGGUGACGUUAGUAUGACACAUUUUCUGGUCUCUGUUUUAUUCACCUACUGGUAUGUUGAAUGCGUUUACAGACUGGCGGAUGCUCAUCUGCAACUGGACGACACAAAAAAUAUGUCAACCACAACUCUGCUGGCCACAGAGGAUGAGAUACUACAGCUGAAAGCAGAGUGAGUGAUAAAUACUUUAGUACAGUUUUGUACAAUUUUCAUGUGAGUAUUAUUUGUCCUCUUUGGCUUAUUGAUGUGUAUGUUCUGAGGUUAUUAUCGUGUGUAUCUGUGUGUGUCAGGUUGCAUGCUGCCAGUGACCAGGUGGAGACCUAUAAGAGGAAGCUGGAUGUGCUGGAUGAUUAUGAGAGGCAGGUGCGUCUGCUGAGGGAUGAGGUGUCUUUCCUCACAGCAGAGAAGAGCAUGCUGCAGGAGAGGUGAGCAGGACACACACACACACGUACACACACAGGGCAGUAGCUACAUAUGAGGACACCAAGGGCCAGACCUCGGUCAUUUUUUCAAAUAAACAUUUGUUUUAGGAACUCAGUCACUUACUGUUGAGAGUUAGAAUAGUAGAAUACACAAGGUCAGUCAUUUUUUUUGAUUGGUAAAUUAGUGUAGUUAGUCUAGCCAGCUAUCUAAACAUGUAGUAAUCAUGGCCGACUUACCGACGUGCCCAGGAGACCUCCAGGGGGCCCCCAUUGAUUUUGUUAGUCACUCACUCAGAUAUCAUAUUAACAUGGCAUAAGUAAUGGCAACAUGUGCAGAAAUGCAGGAAAUUAGCUGUAAAAAAUGUACUUAAAGCAAAUUACAUAUCCCCCCCUCAAACAUCCCCUCCCCUCCCCUCUUCCUUCUAUCUCUUUCAGGUUGGUGAGGAGUUGUUCCCCCAGCCCCCUGCCCAGACAGAGCCGCCCCUCCAGCCCUCUGAAGAGUGAGUCUCCCACCCGGGCCCAGCUCACCAAUUCGUCCCGCCACGCCAGGCUGGUGUCCCGCUUCAGUGACCUGUACGCUGUGGAGCGCCUUGAGGCCCAGAGUCUGCUCCGACGCUACAUAGACGACCUGGAGAUGGUCCAGAGAAUCAUCUUCAUUGCCACUGUGGUAUGACAUCUGGAAACCCUGUACAUUAUGGAAUAACACUACAUACAGUACAACCUGUGAUGACCAGCUGUGAUUCACAAUGUAUUGGAGAUGAUCAUCCUAGCACAUGUAACCAUCUGACCUUGUUUUCAUCCAAUUUGAUAUGUCAGACCUGAGGUUCUGGUUUCUCUGUAAAGCUCCUAUUCCAUACAGUAUCUCUAAUCCCUUUGUCUGUGUGUGUGUGUGUGUGUGUGUGGUGUGUGUUUAUCAGGAGGCCUUCCAGGCAGCCAAGCUGGCCUACCGUCAAUUCAAGCUGCGUGUGAGGAAGACCCUGUCCUCCUCCCACCUGGGGCCAGAGACCCUGGAGGACUCGGUGGUAGACUACAUUGUCAGGAACCUGGACCUCUACGACGUGCAGGCCAGCGUUAAUGUAUGGGCUACACUUUUCUCUCUUACAUUCCAAUUUCAAAAGUCUCAUGCACUGUAGUUCAUUGAGUGUUUGUUAAUAAGAGGUGUGUGUCUGAGUGUAUUGUGAUGUUUUUCCCUCUCCCAGGACGUGAUCAACGCCAUGAAUGUAAACCCACGGGUCUCCUUCCCUCCGGAGGUGGACUUUGUCCUGAUCAGCAGCUUCAUCCGGGAGACAUGCAGAGUGGCCUUCGCCAUGCAGACACUGGACCCUCCUCUGGACCUGGCUUUCACCAGCAGUGGAGAACUCUACAGCGACAACAAGUUAGUCUGCAUCCAUUGACUUCAUGAAGUUACAGUAACAAGAUGUUAGAUGUACAAUUCCUAACCCUACCACUUGAUGUCACCCUGGUCACAUAUUUACAUCUCUGUCUCUGUCUCUGUCUCUGUCUCUGUCUCUGUCUCUGUCUCUGUCUCUGUCUCUGUCUCUCUGUCUCUCUCUCUCUGUCUCUCUCUCUCUCUGUCUCUCUCUCUGUCUCUCUCUCUCUCUCUCUCUCUCUCUGUCUCUCUCUCUCUCUCUCUCUCUCUCUCUCUCUCUCUCUCUCUCUCUCUCUCUCUCUCUCUCUCUCUCUCUCUCUCUCUCUCUCUCUCUCUCUCUCUCUCUCUCUGCCAGGUAUCGUCGUAGCUAUGACUCUGAGUUUACUGCUCCUCUGGUGGUGUACCAUGUGUGGCCAGCGCUGGUGGACGGGGACGGUGUCAUAGUGAAGGGAGAGGCAGUCACCAGGAGAGGAGCUCUGGUACUGAUGCACCUUCAUUCCCUACUGUAGAAUCAUAGGCUUUGCUUUAGCAAUUACUGCAUGAUCACAAUACAAAAUAUAGAAUGAUUCAUGUGGUGUUUCUCUGCUGUCUUCCAGUGGAGGAGCAGAAGCAGGAGCUGCAGUCCUGUUCGCUCUGGCAGCCCCACACGCACUCUCGUAAGUUACUACGAUGACUGAUACCUAAUACUUUAAAAUCAAGUCACAAAAAUCAAGAAACUCUUUGGAAAGAUGUUUAGAUAUGAUUUACUGUCAUUCUUUGGGUCAGCCCAGGGUUUUUAUGAUGCAAGAAAAUAUUCAGGGAAGUUGCAGUUGGGAAAGAACACUAUAUGAAAGCUGUGCAUGUGUGAUUUAGUGUUAAAACUUUUCUCUUGUCACCAAAAUACAUACAUGCAUACCCUGACGCUUUAGGGUAAGUAGAAAAAACACCAGCUGCUCCUAGAUAUAGUAUUAGUGGGAGAGAGGAACGCAACCUCAAAUCCAAAGGUGCAAGAAAUGCUCUGUGUAACAGACUUUCUCGCUUUCUCGCUCUUUCUCAGGGGUUUAGUCGCAGCAGAAGCCCCUCUCCCGGACGUCUCUCCGCCAGUCGCCUGUAAACCCUAACUGACCACUGAUUUUUAAAGGAAACAACAUUCUACACAUCUAUUUCAUGUUUGCAUCAAAGUCAGAUUUUGAGCUUAAAUGGACUGGAGCUUGUCAUUAUUUGUCAGUUGUGAUGACUUGAUGAUAAGUAUUUAGACUCCCUGUCAUCAUGGACAUUGGUCCAGAUUUGACAGUAUACUGGAGAGAAGUUCCAUGUUACCAUUACAGUAUCCAGAGACUCUGGCAGCCGAUCCUUUCAGAACAAUCCAUUCAGGGUGCUGUAGCGGCCCGUGACAAGGCUAUGUGUGUGUGUGUGUGUGUGU